AAAGGGAAAAUUAAUAUUGUUUAAAGAGUAAACAGAAAAAAUAUAUGAAGGGUAUAACUAAUAUAUCAAAUGAAUUUGAUUGAGACAUUAAUAAUCACAGAGAGCAUCGAUAUCAUCAUAAAUUUGUAUUACAUUCCUUUUCCAUAAAAUUUCUUAUCAGUCAUAUGAUUUGACUUUUUUUGGUCACGAUAUUUGCCGCGAGGGCGUUGCACGACGAGAUUUUCAAGUUUGUCAUAACACGUUAACGUAACCUAGAAUCUAGAGCUCGAUUUGCGAAUGACGAGGGUGUUACGAGUGCGCUUACUUAGCUAAAUGCCUCAAAAUAAUUGUACAUAUAAGACAUUAAGAGAGUAGCGAGGAAGGAAAACUUUGCAUAAAAAGAAUUAAAAAUGAAGUAUUCUACUUCGCCACCGGCGAGUCGAUGUCAUUCACCUGUCCCGACAGAAUUCUCAUCUUCAUUGCCAAUGCCCAUCGUUUACAGGCAUAAUUGUAUGGGUGCUGCGACAAAGUGUUACAAGUAUUUGAGAAAACUAUUGAAAUUCGAACAAAUGGACUUUGAGUUUGCUGUCUGGCAAAUGAUAUUUCUAUUUGUAGCACCGCAAAAAGUAUACAGAAACUUCCAAAACAGAAAACAAACAAAAUCACAAUUUGCAAGAGAUGAUCCUGCAUUUUUAGUGCUGGUUACAUGCUGCCUCUGCAUCUCAACCAUUGGUUUUGCUAUAGUAUUAAGCUUAAGAUUCUUCCAAUUUGUGAAGUUGUUAUUUUAUAUGGUUUUCAUCGAUUAUAUAGGUGUGGGAUUAUUAAUAGCAACAAUAUUUUGGUUUAUAACAAAUCGCUAUCUUAGGAUAGAUAGAACUCAAGAUGUUGAAUGGGGCUAUGCAUUUGAUAUUCAUUUAAAUGCAGUAUUUCCUCCUUUAAUUAUACUUCAUAUCUUACAAUUAUUUCUGUACAAUGCUUUGAUAAACAAUGAUACAUUCUCGGCACGAUUUGUUGGGAAUACUUUUUGGUUUAUAGCUGUCAGUUAUUAUAUUUACAUUACAUUUCUUGGUUAUGCAAAUAUUGAAAUACUUCAUAAAACGCAUCUGAUAUUAUCCACACUACCAAUAAUAUUGUUAAUAUAUAUUACUACAUUAUGUGCAGGUAUUAAUGUUAGUUACUUAGUUAUGGAAUUUUAUCGUUAUCGGGCUUUAUAAAUACGUUUUGUCAUGAC